CUUUUCCAACAAGAAACAUAGAGAGAUAUUAAUCUGCGACGAUCUCUCUUCUACUCUUUCAGAUCCCAUUCUCAUAAUCCCCAAAUCCAUCUCUCUCAGAGAUAACCCUAAAGCUCUCAACUUUCCGAGAGAACUCUCUCUCAAUCGCUAAUCUCGAUUCAAUCAUGUCGAACCCAGCUGAAUCUUCAGGCUCGAAAUCGAAGAAAGACUUCAGUACUGCUAUUCUGGAGAGGAAGAAGUCUCCUAACAGACUCGUCGUCGAUGAGGCCAUCAACGAUGAUAACUCCGUCGUUUCUCUCCACCCUGACACCAUGGAGAAGCUCCAGCUCUUCCGUGGCGACACCAUUCUCAUCAAGGGAAAGAAAAGGAAGGAUACUAUUUGCAUUGCUCUUGCUGAUGAGUCAUGUGAGGAGCCAAAGAUCAGGAUGAACAAAGUAGUCAGGUCUAACUUGAGGGUUAGGCUCGGAGAUGUUAUCUCUGUUCACCAGUGCCCUGAUGUCAAGUACGGACAGCGUGUGCAUAUCUUGCCUGUUGAUGAUACCGUUGAAGGGGUCACUGGAAACCUCUUUGAUGCUUACCUCAAACCUUAUUUCUUGGAGGCAUACCGCCCCGUGAGGAAGGGAGAUCUCUUCCUAGUCAGAGGAGGAAUGAGGAGUGUGGAGUUCAAGGUUAUAGAGACAGAUCCUGCUGAGUACUGUGUGGUGGCUCCGGACACUGAGAUUUUCUGUGAGGGUGAGCCAGUCAAGAGAGAGGACGAAGAAAGGCUAGAUGAAGUGGGUUACGAUGAUGUUGGUGGUGUCAGGAAGCAGAUGGCUCAGAUCAGGGAGCUUGUUGAGCUUCCCUUGAGGCACCCACAGCUGUUCAAGUCGAUUGGUGUUAAGCCACCGAAGGGAAUUCUUCUUUAUGGACCACCUGGGUCUGGAAAGACUCUGAUUGCUCGUGCGGUGGCUAACGAAACUGGUGCCUUUUUCUUCUGUAUCAAUGGUCCUGAGAUCAUGUCUAAGCUGGCUGGUGAGAGUGAGAGCAAUCUCAGGAAAGCGUUUGAGGAGGCUGAGAAGAACGCUCCUUCGAUUAUAUUUAUUGAUGAGAUUGACUCUAUUGCACCGAAAAGAGAGAAGACUAAUGGAGAGGUUGAGAGGAGGAUUGUGUCUCAGCUCCUUACGCUGAUGGAUGGGCUUAAAUCUCGUGCUCAUGUUAUUGUCAUGGGAGCAACCAAUCGCCCCAACAGUAUUGAUCCAGCUUUGAGAAGGUUUGGAAGAUUUGAUAGGGAGAUUGAUAUUGGAGUUCCUGACGAGAUUGGACGUCUUGAAGUUCUCAGGAUCCACACAAAGAACAUGAAGCUUGCUGAAGAUGUGGAUCUUGAGAGGAUCUCAAAGGACACACAUGGCUAUGUUGGUGCUGAUCUUGCAGCUCUGUGCACAGAAGCUGCCCUGCAGUGCAUCAGGGAGAAGAUGGAUGUUAUUGAUUUGGAAGAUGACUCCAUAGAUGCUGAAAUCCUCAAUUCCAUGGCAGUGACCAAUGAGCACUUCCACACUGCUCUCGGCAACAGCAACCCAUCUGCACUUCGUGAAACUGUUGUUGAGGUUCCUAAUGUUUCUUGGGAUGACAUUGGAGGUCUUGAGAAUGUCAAGAGAGAGCUCCAGGAGACUGUCCAAUACCCUGUGGAGCACCCAGAGAAGUUUGAGAAGUUCGGUAUGUCUCCGUCAAAGGGAGUCCUUUUCUACGGUCCUCCUGGAUGCGGUAAAACCCUUUUGGCCAAAGCUAUAGCCAACGAGUGCCAAGCCAACUUCAUCAGCGUCAAAGGUCCUGAGCUUCUCACCAUGUGGUUUGGUGAGAGUGAAGCCAACGUCCGUGAAAUCUUUGACAAGGCUCGUCAGUCUGCUCCAUGUGUUCUCUUCUUUGACGAGCUCGACUCCAUUGCCACUCAGAGAGGAGGUGGAGGCGGAGGUGAUGCCGGCGGCGCAGCGGACAGAGUCCUGAACCAGCUUUUGACCGAGAUGGAUGGGAUGAACGCUAAGAAGACCGUCUUCAUCAUCGGAGCGACCAACAGACCCGACAUUAUCGACUCUGCUCUUCUCCGUCCAGGAAGGCUCGACCAGCUCAUUUACAUUCCGCUCCCAGACGAGGAUUCACGUCUGAACAUCUUCAAGGCCUGCUUGAGGAAAUCACCUGUUGCUAAAGAUGUUGACAUCAACGCUCUGGCUAAGUACACGCAGGGGUUCAGUGGUGCUGAUAUCACUGAGAUUUGCCAGAGGGCUUGCAAAUACGCCAUUAGAGAAAACAUCGAGAAGGACAUUGAAAAGGAGAAGAGGAGGAGCGAGAACCCUGAGGCCAUGGAAGAAGAUGGAGUGGAUGAAGUGUCUGAGAUCAAAGCUGCACACUUUGAGGAGUCGAUGAAGUAUGCACGCAGGAGUGUGAGUGAUGCAGACAUCAGGAAGUACCAAGCGUUUGCUCAGACGCUGCAGCAGUCUAGAGGGUUUGGUUCUGAGUUCAGGUUCGAGACUAAUGCUGCUGGUUCAGGUGCAACCACUGGAGUCGCCGAUCCUUUUGCCACCUCGGCAGCUGCUGCUGCGGACGAUGAUGAUCUCUACAAUUAGUGUGAUCAAUUUUAUUAUCCUUUUUAUUUAAGUUUUCAAUCGGAUUCUCUCUACUUUCAACCUUAUGUUUCUUUAAAAAGUUAUCGGAAUUAUGUUCAUUGCUUUUAAUCAAUGUACCUGCUUCACUCUUGUUCA